UUUCUCGAGGACUCGACUUUUACACUACCUAGUAUUAUUGCUUAUGCAAUGUGCAGGUUUGGUAUCGAUAGCGCUUCAUCGAUCAACGACGCUUCCAUGUAUGGAGUGCGCGUAUACGAUAGCAAUUCCAAGGGGGGGAAAAAUUGCGACGAGUUUAUAUCGAUUUGCCAUCAACAUCCACCCAACAUCAGCCACCACUAGAGAAUCCCUUUCAUUGACAAAAUCAAAAUACUUGAAGCGAAAUCCAUCCAUGACUCAGGGCUUUGACAAAAGCCACUCUCUUCGACGUCAGCUCUCCUCCCGCGCCACAAACUGCUAUCCAUAACCAGCAUAGCCGCGCAUCCAAAGCGCUCCUCAGCAGCCUCUCAGCCUUCAGGAUCCCGUUCCUUCGCCUUGCCCGGCAACAAGAGCCGGAAACCAAAGCGAAAACGAAACCAGUUGGGCUAGGCGGCAUGAGCCGACAUUUCCCCGUGAGGCAUCCGUGGCGCAGCCGCUAGAGCUACGCAAGUGCCGUUGCCAGGGCCCCAACACAUACACGGAUCUGCGUGGUGCAACAAGACGCUGUAUUUAUACUGUCUGUAUCACGACGCUUUAAUGACGUGAUAUAAUCGCAAAACACUCUCGCGACAAUAGAAUCAGCGUAACCACGACAUAAAAAACCCAUUGAAGUGUGAAAAAUCCGUCUUUUCUCCAUACUAAGCUGACUGAUCCAUCGCCAGCCAUGGAGAAAAGCAGUGGGAGCGGCUCGAGUCACAAACAGGCCAGCACGAGCGAUGCCACAGGCA